GUGGACACGCAAAGAAGAGGAAAUGAAAGGAAAAAAAAGAAGUAAAAAGAAGAGCGGAGAUGGAAUAAAAGACGAUGCUGAGAAUCGAGGGAGGGAGGACUGCGCGAGCCUCCGAGCAACGCACAUCAGCGAGCUGACGUGAGAAAUUCCGGAGCCCUUUGGAUGAUUAAUCUAUCCCGGCCUUGACUGAUCCUGCCGCACACAAGAGCCUUCUGCCAGGAGACGCAGAGGGCAAGGAACAGAGGGACAGACAGACACAGAAAGAAAGAAAAAAAAGAAGAAGAAGACGUCUCGGGAAGACACUUGGAAGACACCCCCAACCCCCCCACCACCACCACACACACACAUGCAGACAUAAACACUUGUACACACACACCUCCCCCUUCCCACGCAUCAGAAAGCUAUUUUUUACACCCCACAAAUAUCCCACCAUAAGAAAAGAAGAAAAAAGUUUUUUUUUCUUUUCCUCUUUCAUUGGAAAGAAGAAAAUCCCUGCAGAGAAACUCUCAACUAACCAGUCGGAGAGUUUUCCCCGCGAGGGCAGAGGGAAGACGAUGGCCCACAGGUCGCUCAGAGGACCGGCGUCCAAGUUCCUAGGAGCUUUCUGGAAGCAGUUUCCCUUCAUCAAAACAUUUGGAUAUAAGAGAAAAUCUCUCGGUCAGAUUGCAGGGGACCGUUGGAGAGACACCGUCACGUGACCCCCGGUACCAAAUGGUCUUCCGGCAGUGGUUUUCAGCAAGGACCGGAGCACUGCAAGCAGACGCCGCCACUUCUCUCAGAAAUGCAGAAGACAACGUACUACGACAACUCCUCGACGCUUUUUGGUGGCUACUCGUCCUAUCAGGUGCAGGGGGCGGCAGCGGCGGCAGCAGCCGCCAACGGCUUUGGGGGCUACGAUGCCCCGGUCCCAGUGUCCCACCACCAGCCGGCCUUCCAGUCGGCGACCCAUCUGGAUGUGGAUUCGUACCAACGCUCUGCCUGCUCGUUGCAGUCACUGGGCAGUAGCAGUAGCCACCAGCAGCAGCAGCAGCAGCAGCAGCAGCAGCAGCAGCAGCAGCAGCUAGCCAAGACCAAGGAGCUGAAUGGCAGCUGCAUGAGGCCCAGUCUGCCACCUGAGCACCACCCCAGCUCCCAAGUCUCCCCUCCAUUGCCCCCAAAUCCCAACACUGGUAAUACAGGGGCUCAGCAGCCGGGGGGCAGCAACGGGGCCUCCUCAGCCUCCAAAUCAGCCCCCAGUAAGUCGUCCAAUUCCUCCUCCUCAACAUCAUCGUCUUCCUCCUCACUGCCCCCCAACCCGACUAUGGCAAAGCAGAUCUUUCCCUGGAUGAAAGAGAGCCGGCAGGCGACCAAGCAGAAAAACUGUUCACCCAGCAACAACUCUGGCAACGCAUCAGGAGGAGCAGAGAGCGGUAGCAGUGGGGAGAAGAGUCCCACCAGCGGAUCGUCGGCGUCGUCUAAGCGGGCUCGUACGGCAUACACCAGCGCCCAGCUGGUUGAGCUGGAGAAAGAGUUCCACUUCAACCGCUACCUGUGCCGGCCGCGGCGCGUGGAGAUGGCCAACAUGCUGAACCUGUCUGAACGCCAGAUCAAGAUCUGGUUCCAGAACCGACGCAUGAAGUACAAGAAGGACCAGAAGUCCAAGGGCCUGAGCUCCAGCUCCGGAGGGCCCUCGCCGACGGGCUCCCCACCCCUCACCAUGCAGUCUUCCGCAAGCUUCCUCAACUCAAUGCACCCCAUGGGAGGGGGAGGUGGGGCAGGCUAUGACACCCCAUCUCCACCGUCUUUUGGAAAGCCUCACCAGGGCGUUUCUUACUCCAUGUCCACUGCCUACUCUAAUGUCCCCAUGAAGGGUUGUCCCUCGCAGCAGAAGUAUGGAGCCCCAGACCCGGACUACGGUGACCCUCAUCCCCAUCACAGCCUUGUGCAGGCCAACAGUGCUGGCUACGGGACUCCCACCAACAUGCAGGCCAGUCCAGUCUAUGUGGGGGGUGGCAGCUAUGUGGAACCCAUGCCUGGCUCGGGGCCCUCCAUUUAUGGGCUCAACCACCUGGGCCCCACGCCACCUCACCACCAAACAAUGGACUACAAUGGCGCAGGGCCUAUGUCGGCCGCCAACCAGCACCACGUGGGUGGAGGGGGGCCUCCGGGUACGUGUGACCCGCCCCCACAUCCCACGUACACUGAGCUGUCAGCGCACCACACCUCGACUCAGGGCAGAAUCCAGGAAGCACCCAAGCUCACUCACCUGUAGCAGGUUUGGAACAAACGUAGGGAAUAGUGAAGACAACACAGAACAAGUAACAUGACGUGACUCACUAACAGACUAACUCACAUGUGGGGAUUGUAGCGCUGCAAUGGGACGACAGGGGAGACAAAUUGAGACGGACUUGAGCCGUCCAGUGGUUUGCCCUGUGCUCCUUGGGCACAAUCAGUGUUUUGGUGUUUGCAAGUCACGCCCUAUUUUUUACUGCCUUCAUACAGUGCUUCAUCAAGUCAGAGCUUCCAUUGUUGCCUUCAAAGUACAUUUAAUUUGAGUGAACAGAUGUUUUGCCUGUAGGUUAGGAUCAGCAAUACAUAAAAUCCAUAAAUGUUGUGCCCAAGAAAUGAUGUAGAAACAAACAUUUAAACCAAUUUAGACCAAAAUGUUCUAAUUUGAAACUCGACUAUGUUAAUCAUAACCCGUAACCCGUAUUUUAGUAUUUCAUCUGUUGUACUCCCCAUUAAAUAACAGGCUGGUUUCAAUCUAAUUAAAGUUUAAGGGGAAAUCUCAGUGAUUACUUUUAGUCGUAAUUUAUUUUUCAAUUUUAACAUGAACCCUUUAUGUGCAACAGUAGAGGUCCUUCUGUGGUACUGGGGCACAGACUUAUCACUUGCUCUGUUCAAUUGUGAUAUUUUCAUGAAAUGAGAGCACAGUCAAACGCCAGCAUUUAAAACACUUUACUGUAAAGGUGCGAAAUGGCCACUAGUAUUCACAGUUAGGCAUCAGCAUGUUAGACAAAAGUGAUCUCAUAGCUAUGUUGCAGAGAUGCCACAACAGUAUUAACCCUGUCAUAUCUCUAUACCUAUAUGACACAUUUUUUUAGCCAAAGAACAAGCUUUUGUUGUUCAGAAAUACACUGACAAAAUAAAUCAUUCAAUUAAUUAAUUAAGUCUAUUCAAGCUAAAGUAACUGUUAUAACAUAGCUCGCUAACUUGAAUUUUAAUUAAUUAAUUAAUUCGUUUUAGCAGCUGAAGUAUUUCUUUAUUAGUUUGUCAACCAUUUUUGUUUUUCAGUGUAUCAAUUAGUAAUAAUAGUACUUAGAGUGGUAGUAUUUGUUUCCUGACAUCUUGUAGGGUGGAGUGUUACAUAUUGCAUCUUUAAAACAGUUCUAAAACGCCCAUAUGUGAAGUGAAGGCAAAUACUAUAUCAUGACCUCUGUUAACGUUACAUGGCAUCAUAAAUAUUUACGACUGGUAACAUAUUGGAUUAUGGACAACUGGAUGAUUGUUGCUUAAAUUGCCGCAGUAGUUCUGCUAGAGUGUAGUCAACAAAAAGGCUCGUAAUGACGCCGUUAAAAACGAGCAUGUGCUUUAAAAAUGUACAUUGAUAAUAAAACCCUCCUCCCCCAACUGUAAGAUUCACACACACCCUCAAAGAGCUCUCCCGCCUGGUAAAUGAAAUAGUUUGAGACUUUAAUGGGCAGUUAACGAGGUGGGUAGAUUUAUGACGCCGAGGUCUCUCGCCCUGCAGGCAACACAUGUUGUUGUCAGCCGGGGCUGAGCUAUGAGGAGGGCCAUGCCUCUCCAUCAGCUACAGAAGAGGAGGAGGAGGAGGAGGAGGAGACAUUUAUAUAUGAAUUUCUAUAUAUUUAUAUUUGGCUGGAGCUGACAGACUUCCUCUGUGUCUUCUGAUACCCCAUCAGGUCCAACAUAGGGCACAGGAAAAGAAAUCACUGGACGGUCUGUCUCAUUCUGUCUCCUGUCGUGUGUCCGUCUCUGUCAGUCAGUCCACACUGAAUCACCACUGUCUUUAGCAGCAGCAGCAGCCAGCACAUGGUUUCUGAUGGAGGCAGAAACACCCGCGAAACACCCCCACACCCCAAUUCUGCCCCCCCACAACGCUCACAUUCUCAUCAAUGCACAUGCACUCAUACCACGAUCUAACAGGGUUUAUGCAGCUACAAAUUUAGGCUAGAGACACACACGUGGGCUAAGCUAUGUUAGCUAUAAUCACACACACACACACACACACAAACACAAUAGCAAUGCUAAGCUAGCCUCCUUUGAUACAGCUCAGCUAUUCACAUUUUCAAACACACACACACACACACACACACACACAAGGACAUGGAAGAGAAAUUUAAAAUGUUCUUAUUUUAGCACAUCAUCGACACAGGGUAAAUAAUAAGAGUGGAGAACACUAUUUAUUUAUGUUUGGACAAGUCAUUGCCCUCCUCUCUCUCUCUCUCUCUCUCUCUCUCUCUCUCUCUCUCUCUCUUUGGAAGGCCUCACUUACAUUAGCGCCACACCAAUGUUUUGUUGUUGUUUUUUCCCCUUCUGUUCUCACAUAUCUUGACUUUUUUAACGUGGAUACAGGGUAUAUAUAUUUGAACAAAAAUGCAUGUCCCAGGACUCUGAGCUGGUGUGUAUCACACAUGUUUAAAGGCAACCGAGUUCAUUUUGCUGUGAACGGUCAGUGGUGGCGGUUUGUGGCCACACAGUUUCAUGCAGUGUUAAAACAAACAAACAAAGAAAUCUGGAAAUUGAGCAACACUGCACUCACUGGCGUUCUGGGAAUGAACCGGUUGUUUUUAAAAUGCAGAUCCAUACAAAGGCUUUUCACACCUGGGCAUCAUUAUUGCACUUAGAGUUUACAUUUUGAUGGUUAAAGGUAAAAAAAAAAAAUGAUGAUGAUGAUAAUAAUGAUAAAUUCUUAUUUUGAAGACGGAAGGCCCUCCAAUCAAAGCGUCUUUUCGCCAAUGUGUGUUCAAGUGAACAUUCAUAUCUAAAUAUUUAUUUGUUAUAGACAGUUUAAAAAAAGACUUUCUGUUUUGUAUUAUUAUUUAUCCUUCAUGUAUUUAUAUCGAGGAAAAAAAUACUGUACUUUUUUAGUAUUUACCUGUUAUGAAAGAAAAAAAAAAACGACGUUGUGUUUCUUCUUGUCCAUUGUACUGAGGUUACAUUUUUUUAGUUCUUGUAUUUUAGAAGAAAAUGAGUAGUUUUUAUGUUCCUAUAAUGACCCUUGUACAUAAAUGUCUUGGCUUGUACAAGGAAAAAGGCGAGGAUGGGGAUUGGUGAUCUAUCCUCGCAUAGUCGGAAAAGUUAGACAAACUAUUAGCUGGGAUAAAAAGAAGAGAAAAAAAAACAACUUCUUUUUUGUCAUUUGUAGCUUCCUUUUCUUUCAAUGUCGAGAGAGUUGUCUGUCGAACGAUUCUUUAAUAAAAGGUUAUGUUAUUCAGA